UGUCAUCAAAACAAGAAAAAUUUUACAGUACUGUAAAUACUAAGGUGAUAAAGAAGUUUAAGAACUCUUUUUAACUGUCUUCUUCGACAAUAUGGCCUCACCACUUAAGAAACCAAAUGAUGAAGAUAUGAUUACAUCAGCAGAAACAUUUAAGAUGGAAGGAAAUGAAUAUUUUAAAAGCAAGAAUCUGAAAAAAGCUAUGGGAAAGUAUCACAGAGCCAUUCUGCAGCUUAAAGGAGUGGGUUCUGAUGAAAAGAUGAGUGCAGUAAUGGGAUUGGAUAAUCAGCCUAGCAAGAAACUUUCUCCACAACUAGAAGAGAAAUUUAACAAGUUAAAAACCGAUUGUUAUAACAAUCUUGCUGCUUGUUUAUUGCAAGAAAAAGAACCUAACUACAGUAAAAUAGUGGAAUACUGUGAUGAAGUACUUCAGGUUUCUCCUGGGAACAUCAAAGCACAACACAGAAAAGGUGUGGCCUUGUAUCACUUAAAAAAGUAUGAAGAAUCCAUGUCAACAUUACAGAAAGCAGAUCAAACUGAUUCGUCUACAAAGAAAUAUCUUCAGAUGUGCAAGAAAGCAAUUGAAAAACAAGACAUUGAACUGCAAGCUACUUAUAAAGCCAUGUUUCGAGGGACAUCAAAAUCCAAUUCUAGCACAAGUUGUGACAAUGUUAAUGGUUUAAAUAGUAAGGAAAUAAAUCAAAAUUCAUCAGCUGAUUCAAUAAAUGGUCAUCCAAAGAUAAAAGAGAUCAGCUGAAUAAAAAUAAGGCUAACUCAAAAGCAGGGACCAUUCCAGUGCCAAUUUCUGAAAAAAAGAAUUGUGUAAAAUAUACAAGUCAUACAUGCUCAAGCAAUUCCAUUUAUCUUGGUGCCCAAUGUUCAUUAUAAGAUUUUUAGAUCUGUCCAUAUUUAAUAAAAUACAA